AUGAAGUUCUCCCUCGUCGCUAUUGCCUUCGCCGCCCUCGCGAGCGCCCAGAGCCGCUCUGACAUCCCUGAGUGUGCCCUCAGCUGUCUGGACGAUGUUGUCAAGUCCAAGACCAACUGCUCCACCGACGACUUUGCCUGCAUCUGCAAGAACGGCGAGGCGUUCAAGGGCGACGCAGCCUCUUGUGUCAUCAAGAAGUGUGGUGCCGAAACUGCUCUCAAACAGGUCAUGCCCGCCGUCCAGAAGCUCUGUGCCGCCGUCGGCGCUUCCCCCAGCAGCUCAGCUACCUCUCGCUCCAAGCGAUCAUACCAUGCCUAA